UACGUUCGAUUCGCCUGCACCACUUGAACCAGUUCACGAGGUGCUGCACCCUGCCAUUCGUUUCAGCGGUGCAGCAAUGGCGGCCGCAGAACCACGACGUUCGUUUCAAAAGGUGCAGGAAAGGUGCAGGGCUGGUUCAUGAUUUUGCUGCACCCGCUCCACUGUCGGUACCGACUUGGUGCAGGCAUACAGGUGCGAAGCAGCGACGCAGCAGACGACGCAGCACACGGGCGCAAGCCCGCUUAAACACGUGUGAUGUGUCUACGCAACUGUAGUGUGUAUUUACGCCCCAGAAACCGAUCAUACCUGCAGUUCAGGACCUCUCAAACUUACACACUCCGUGCACAUUAGUCUGACAUAGCAUAACAUCUACACCGCGUCUGCACCUUUGCAUUCGUUUCGAGUGUUUCGCUGGGCCUGCACCUCCGGAAUCGAGCUGCACAGUUUUUGAACUUCUCGUGAACCGCCGUGAACUGGUUCGCAAGGGUGCAGGCGAAUCGAACAGACCCAUAGAAUAAAGAACCAACUUUGGUGAAAUAUCGACACGUGUUCUGUGGGCAAAACGCUAGGACACGCAGCCGGGCCCGGGCGCUUCCAGAGCGGCCUCGACGGGUGUGGAUGUCGUCCUAUCACAGGAGGCUGUGAGAGUGCCGAAAUUGCGUGCUGCCAGUGGACCUCCGCGACCGGACAACGUUGUUUGACAGCAUGACGGCCGAAGAGGGUGAGACAGUCGCGGCCCUUGCGUCGGAAGGCACAGCUGCUAGUGGUAAUGAGAGCAUGUCGUACUCCGAACAUAUCGUGGCCCGGCUAACAAAGCGCGGCCUAGACUUUGAUCGAGCCUGUCAGUACGACGAAUACCACGCCGAUUGCUGGCUCUGCCACGACCUCGACCGAUGGAGCAAGGUCUUGCAUCCAGUGAGCUUCGAACUUGUAGAAGCCGAACCGGCCAGGCUGGCCAUCCGCUCGACGCAGACAAAUCGGCGUCAGUACAGCGACGAAGACGAACUUUACGACGCCGCUUACGUCUUCUGCUGGCUGCCGAAGGCGCAUCGGUGCGUUCAGCGCAUCGUGAUGGAAGGCCAGGGGAUUGUGCUCUUCUAUCGACCAGCCUUCACCCUCGCGUUGGCGCUAGGCCGGAGCGUCAACGUCCAGCACCUGAAGCUUCACGGUGGCCACGAAACGCCCGUCUGUGAAGAAGAGCUUUGCGAAGGGCUGGCUGGCCUUGAACGUCUCAAGAGCUUCGAAUUUUCCCGUUUCACCAUCAACGCAUCAAUGUCGAGGUGCGUGGCAAAUUUGCUAAGACGAAACGCGAGCCACCUUACUGCGGUUUCCUUCUCCAAUAAUAACAUGUCGCAGAAGUCCGUCAACCGCCUCUUGCGUGCGCUGCAGAGCUGUCGCCUCCUCGGCGAGCUGUCUCUCCUCGGGAACAACGUAUCAAAGGGAAACAUGAACUCUGUCGCCAGGUUACUGCGCGUCGCGAAGUCCUUGACCAAGCUGACGCUCGACCAGAGUCUGGGAAACAACGUCAGCCUAUUCGCCGUAUCAGAGGCGCUCCAGGCCAAUACGUCCCUACUAGAGCUUCACAUUGGCCAGUGUGACACGCGCUUCGAGCCCCUUUUUGAAGCGCUAAUCGCGAACGAGACCCUGAAGCACUUGGACCUGAACGGUUGCAACAUCAACGGCAGUAAUGCAGAGUCACUCGCGACAGCACUGCGUAGCAACGUAGGGCUGAAGAAGUUGGAAUUAAAGGACGCUCAUGUCGAUGCCGACUCAAUGGUGACACUUGCUCGUGGGCUGGAAACGAACUCUGCUCUCGAGUUGCUGGAUCUGAGGGAUAACACCGUGAAUGUACGUGCCAUCAACACGUUCUGCAGAAUGCUGCGAAAUAACAAGACUAUAAAGAGCGUGCAGUUUUCUGAAGUUGAAGCUACAGAACUGGAAAGGUCAACUCUCUCCUUUCAAAUGGCCCAAGCCAAAGGCUACAGCCGUAUCCAGAUGACUUGGGCCGAGCCCGACCUUCCCCCACUGUCUGCAGCCAUGGCACUUGCUUCAGAGUCGCCGACUGAACUCCACCUAAGCGAUGCCAAUGAGCUCACCGAAGCCAGCAUUUCUGCGCUCCUUGAAAAUCUCGCCACAAAUGAACAUGUGAGAACUGUAACAGUCGAGACGAGAGCAGAACACAGACAAAUCGCUCUUGCGUUCUGCCAUGUGCUAGCCUUGAACCAGACUAUCCAGAAUCUUGAAUUUAGUAUGACCCUUGACGAUUCAGACCAUGGGCUGUUUGGCACGGUCGCCAAGGCACUCGCGACAAACAACACAGUGUCUCAAGUAUGUUUCAGAAGCUCAGAGAUAUCCUUGAGGUCGCUGAAGUCGAUUGCUUUUAUGCUUUCAAAAAAUACCGCAAUCACCAAGCUGGAGUUGAACAUUACUCGAGCCGUACCCAUCAAGCACCUUGCCAUUCUUUCACGUGCCCUGGUGAAAAACCAGUCGGUCGUGGAUUUUACGCUAACCUCUGUGCCAGAUGCAAACCGUGUGUCUUUCCGUAUGUUCACCUCCAUUCGACGAAACACCAGUCUUCUAAACAUGGCUGUGAGAUUUCUCACACACCAGAGGCUAGAUAGGCAGGCUGCUGUGGCAUUCGAAGCCCUCAGCGAAAAGGCGUCGCUUGUUCCACACAUAAUGAAAGUGACCAAACAAACUGAGGAGAAGGCAAAAAAGGACGUGCUGUCAGCAAAGCGAUACAUUCAGUCAAACUACUUUCAACUAGCAGGCAUUGUGAGAGAAAGUGUUGUUUGCCACCUUGGCUUGGGAAGACAGAUUGACACCUUGAAUCACGAUUGCCUAUGUUCCAUUACACGAUAUCUCAAGUUGUCGGACAUUGUCUCUGUACAUUGCGACAACCCUAAUGGACAGCCAUAAUACGAUCUAUUUAGGUAAAUCUGCUGGUGCCUCAUGUUUCUGUAGGUAUUUUUCGACAGGCACAUUUUUGCAUUGUUAACUACGUCAUAAUUUAUUAUUGCUCAUUAUUAGUGCCAAUGAGACUAUGGUAAGGCUCAUUAGAGGAUGCACACUGAUUGCAUCUCACCUCUGGGAUGUUGCUCAGAAAAUACUAUACGAAAUGGUAUCAUUGUUUUAGGUAGCAUUGCCUGUAAAUGCAUUCUUGUAUGCAAAAUCAUAGGCAAAUUGUAUAAAUACUAAUAGUUUAAUGCUUGAGUGUUAGUGUGUGGCCAUCGUUGAAAGUACUGUGUUAAAAUAUUUUUCUUGGUGGCAUUAUUCUGACAGUUGCCAUAGCAGCUAGCAGGUGGCCUUGACUUUGAAAUUUGUGGAAAUGCUAGGCUUUGCUAUGAGAAGUUGAAACCACUGAAUAGAUACAUGGCACAAUGUGUAUUGCUUAAGUGUCGAAUUUAUAAAAAUAAUAGAGAGGUGCGCACAAGUAGAAGCACGUGCAAGUUGCUAUCAAUUAUCUAUCUAGUCAUAACUAAUGUCUCAACAUAAGUGAUUGUGUCAAUAAAAUGAAAUGGCCAUGUA